AUGGGCAGGAGGUCACCCGUUACCCUCUUCGUGGCCCUGUGGGCCAGCCAGCUGGGCAUGUGGGCAGCGGGGCGGUCCAAGGUGAACCCCAGGAUCAUCACAGCUCCGCAAGGUGCGAAAGAAUAUGCAUUUCCCAGGAGCGAGAAGUACCCAGUCUUCUAUCAUAAAGAAAACAGCUCAGCCAUCUACAUCGGGGGAGAGGGAAAACUUUAUUACUAUGACUUUGCAACCUAUGAGAACUACACGGAAGACUUCCCAGUGAAAAAUGAAGGACAGUGCAUGAUGCCUGGGAGUUCGGAGGACAAUAAAAAUUACCUCACGUUAGUGGAGAAGUAUGGAGAUGGGAUGUUAGUGUGUGGGACCGGCGCCUGUGCUCCCACCUGCUGGAACUUGACGCAGAGAAAGGAGAGCGCUUCGUGGGAUGGGAGAGGUAUUGCUCCUUUCACCCCUGACUCGAAUACCCUCGUCGUCGUUGACGGUCAUGACAUCUACUCCACCAUCAAGAAGAGCCAGCAGAACGGCAAGAUACCCCGUUUCCGUCGAGUGAGAGGGGGUGGAGAGCUCUACACAAGCGACACAGUGAUGCAGAACCCUCAGUUUGUCAAAGCCACCACAUUAAGGCAUGAAGAGCCUCACCAGGACAAGAUUUACUACUUCUUUCGUGAAGACAACCCGGAUAAGAGUCCCGAGGCCCCUAGAAACAUCUCCCGAGUGGCCCAGCUGUGUAAGGAAGAUAAAGGGGGAACCAGUUCGCUCUCUGCUUCCAAGUGGACCACUUUCCUGAAGGCCAGCUUGAUUUGUGUCGACCCAGUCACCAAGGGCAACUUCAACUGGUUGCAAGAUGUCUUCUUUGUCCCUGCGAGUAACUGGCGGCACUCCAAAGUCUACGGGCUCUUCACAAACACCUGGGGAAGCUCUGCUGUUUGCGUCUAUUCCUUUGGGGACAUUGACAACGUGUUUCGGACAUCCAAACUCAAAGGCUAUAAUGGUCCCAACCCAGAGAUCAAGCCUGGGCAGUGCGUUUCCUCUGGACAGCACACCCCAAGUGAGACCUUCAAGAUCGCUGACAGCCACCCAGAGGUGGAGGACCGGGUGGAGCCCCUCUCCCCCACCAAGAGUCCCUUAUUCCACAACAAGCACCGCUACCAGAAGAUCGGGGUGCACGAGGUCUCUGCGGGUGACGGACACCGCUACAACGUGCUUUAUCUGGCAACAGACAAGGGAUCCAUCCACAAGAUCGUGGAGCUGCCAGAUGGGGUGCAGAACAUCAUGGAGCUCCAGGUCUUCCCAAAGAAGGACCCCAUCCAGUCCAUGAUCCUGGACCACAAGAGGGCGAUGCUGUACGUCGGCUCAACAAAUAAAGUCAUGGAGAUACCCAUGGACAUGUGCAGGGUGUAUCGCAACAACUGUGACAGCUGCUUGCUGGCGAGGGACCCGUACUGCGGGUGGUUCAAUGGGAGCUGUCAGUCAGUUUAUCUAAACCGGGAGGUACAUCAGAACCUGAACCUGGACCUGUGGCAAGGAAAGUGCCAAAAGAGGGAUAUUAAGGAAGUAGAUGACUAUCAGAACAUCACAGUCGUCCCUUUCUCCCGCUACUACCUCAACUGUCCCAUCGAGUCCCACUAUGCCACCUACAACUGGUACCACAACAACAGCCUCAUCAAGACCUGCAACACCACCCACCCCCAGCAGGACUGCUUCCACUUCAUCCAGAACGUGAGCCACAUUCACUACGGCCACUAUGUCUGCAUCUCGGAGGAGGACGGCUUCAAGCAGGCUCUGGUGAAGGAGCGCCUGGUGAACCAGCUCAGGUUCAUGUCCCAGAAGGGCCAGGCCACUAUGACGUUUGGCUCUUGGCUGCAGCUGCUCCUGAUGGUGGUGUUGGUGGAGCUCUUCCACUGA